AUGGGGAGAAGCCCUUGUUGUUCAAAGGAAGGUUUGAAUAGAGGUUCUUGGACAGCUCACGAAGACAAAAUCCUCACAGAGUACAUUAGAGUCCAUGGUGAAGGAAGAUGGAGAAACCUUCCCAAAAGAGCAGGUUUGAGAAGAUGUGGGAAAAGUUGCAGACUUCGAUGGUUGAAUUAUCUCAGACCAGACAUUAAGAGAGGCAAUAUAUCCUCAGAUGAAGAAGAGCUCAUCAUCAGGCUUCACAAGCUCCUGGGAAACAGAUGGUCUUUAAUAGCAGGGAGGCUUCCGGGGCGAACAGACAAUGAAAUAAAGAACUACUGGAACACUAAUUUAGGAAAAAAGCUUAAAGAUGCUCAACUACCUCUCAAUGGAAAAAGCACAGAGAAUCCAAUGUCCCAAAUAACCACCACCAUGCCAUUGCCCACUACCUCAUCCUCACCCUCACUACCUCCUCCUUCCAAUGUGUUUCGUACAAAAGCUACUAAGUGCUCUAAGGUAUUAUUCUUAAACCCACUCCCUCACUCUUCAAUGCAAUUGGAGAACAACUCCAAGGAAGAGGCUGAAGUGGAAGCAACGUCAUUGCUUGUGGAUACUUUAGCAGCUAAUUCUUCACUAAGUAACCAAAUGGGAAAAGAACCCGGUAUAUACGACAAUGGGUUUGUGUCAUUUCCCGGUGAAGAAAAAGAACUCUCAACGGAUUUGCUCAUAGAUUUCAACGUGGAUGAUAUUUCCUUGUCUGAUCUUCUGAACUCGGAUUUUUCAAACAUGUGCAAUUUCGGUUACAGCGACGUUAACAAUAACGACCUCGAACAGUUAUCUCCUUGCUCGGACCAAACUCCUAUGUUCUCUGAUGAAGUUCUCAAGGAGUGGACACAAAGCAAUUUUUCAGAUGAAACCAAUGGGUCGAACAACAUUCAUUCUUUCACUUCGUUCCUCGAGUCCAGUGAGGAAUGA